AUGCCUAGCGAGGUGGUCGAUCCAAUGGAAGAUGCUCUUGACACUGUUGGGAUGCCCCGCCUGGCGACGAGAUCAGUUAAAGACGGUCUUGGUUAUGAGUUUAUGAUUGGUGACCAAAAGUUGGAAUUUUCCCUCACCCCUCGUGCACCACCUGAGGCCUACCUUGUACAGGCUUAUUCUGCAUGA